AUGCAAUUAUGGAUAUGGGAAGCGUUAAUAACUCCGCUGCUUUCAUGUCUUUCGCCGAGCUUUAAGCACCAUUCUGUAGAGUGAGGUUCAACUUAGAUUCGCAGUACGAAGCAGAACUCCGAUCCCCUUCUUUUAUGACGAUUGCACAUGCGUGGAGCUCUUGUGAAACAAUUCGGAGGUCCAGAAGUAAUCAAGAUUGUCUUCGAUUUACCAAAACCUACUAUUCAGACUGGAAAGCAGGUGCUCGUUCGUGUUGCUGCUGCAGGCGUUAACCCAGUUGAUACUUACAUCCGCAAUGCCCAGUAUCCGCUCCUUCCGAAGCUUCCGUACACUCCAGGAAGAGACGGUGCCGGAGUGGUAGAAGAGAUUGGCGGAGAUGUUAGCCAUGUAAAAGUAGGAGAUCGUGUUUAUUUUUUGGCGAAUAAUGGAAGUGCUGCGGAAUACUGCUUGACAAAUAACGUCUUCCCUCUUCCUUGUGGUGUUUCUUUCGAAGAAGGAGCUUGCCUUGCAAUUCCGUACAUGACAGCGUUCAGAGCACUAUUUAUACUUGGAGGUGUCAAGAAAGGAACAACAGUUCUGAUUCAUGGUGCCUCCGGCGGAGUCGGUCUGGCAGCUGUGCAGAUGGCAUUCCAUUCUGGAGCUGUUGUUGUUGGAACAGCGGGCACAACAGAAGGACUUGAAAUUGUGAGGAGGAACGGAGCUAGCGAAGUGUUCAACCAUAGAGCUUCUAAUUACGCACAUGAAAUAAAGAAAAAGUUUCCGAAUGGUCUUGACCUCAUAUUAGAAAUGGCAGCUCAUCAGAAUCUGCGUACUGAUCUCGAACUACUAGCACGAAACGGCAAAGUAGCAGUCAUAGGCAGCCGCGGUGAAAUCACGAUCGAUCCAAGGGCUCUUAUGACGAAGGAAUCCAGUAUUUUCGGUGUAACGCUAGCGAAUUCCACAGACACAGACCUAAUGACUUCGUCCGCAUUCAUCUCGGAAUUUCUCGCUUCUUCCAAAUACCGUCCUGUAAUUAACCGAACAUACCCGCUGAGCGAGAUUGACAAAGCGCACAGCGACGUUAUGGCGGGAGCCGGUGCUAGAGGAAAAUUGAUUGUCUCUCUCAAUGACCAAUGAUUAUUUAUUUCUGUGCGAAUUUUCAAGAACCUCUAUAAAAGCAAAACACUGUUC